AUGGCAAGCGAACAUCCCAAAAGCGAAGCAGUAGCAUAUCCGGACUUUGACGUUGCGGAAAUUGAACGGAGGCGUAAGCAGCGUGAACUCAAGCGAAAGUCUCGGGAACGUAAAAAAAAAGUUCUCUUGGAACUUCAGACAACCGCACAGACGCUUGAGCACGAAUAUAGUGAGCUAUUUGCCGCUAAGCGAAUCAGAGAGCAGCAUGAUCUGGAUCUAAGUGGAGCGAUGAAGAUCCCGUCUGGUACGACAAAGAUUAAGCAGCCUCAACUGGCAAAACUUCAGGAGAAAUAUAAGGCUGUGCGCCGGGAGAUGUAUGAACUUCGAGAACAAAUGAGUAGAUUUAAGCAACAGCUUGAAGAGUAUGAGCGCUUUGUUGCGAUGCUAGAUGGUCACCUUACGGACGUCCAAACUCAGCAAAGAGACCCAGCCACUUCUACUGCUACAUGA